UUUCAACAGUCACAGCAGGAUCAGUUAUUGAUACGCACGAUUAUGAAGGAGUCGGAUAAGUGGCUGAACUGAGACAGAAAGGUGGAGGUUCCAUUUAUUCUGGUUUCAGCUGAUUUUAACCAGACUACAAAGAACAAAUACGUGUUGAGGACCUCAAAACAAGAAUAUCUGCAUGAUUGCUGUGUGUGAAUGCGCAUGGAGAAAACUUAAUUGCAAUUUCUGCGUAGCUGUGACCACAACCAUGUCGACCAUUACGAUCAACGUGUACUCUUCUGGUGAUGCAGCGCAGGGGGGAACUGCAGUGGGAAAGAGAAAAAGGAAGAACAAGAGGCCUCGGGGAGAAAACUUUGAGCAAAGAGGAUACGUGGAAGGUAAAGAGAGACAGAACCGGUACAGGCACAGGAGUCGGUCCAGACACAACCAGACUCCACGCCACAACGGAGCGUGCUCAAAUCAUCCACCGCCUCCCACCUCCACACAAAACGAACGUUUACCUCUCCCACAAGGUGCUUCUCACUCCUUCAGGCCUUCAGCGUCUUUCACACGCAGCCUCCCCUCCUGUACCGUAACUGUGAGCAGCAAAGGAAGCCACGAAAAGCCAAAGGAACCUGUGAACAAAAAACCAGCAGCUGCCCCCACCCCGGGCCCCUCAGCAUCCAGCAGCUGUAAACCUACCGCCACGCCAGCAGCAAACCCCACCAAGUACCUCGCUUUUGACUGUGAGAUGGUGGGCGCCGGACCAAAAGGGCGCAUCAGCCAGCUCGCACGCUGCAGCAUAGUGUCCUACGAUGGAGAUGUGGUCUACGAUAAGUUCAUCAACCCCCCCUUGCCUAUCACCGACUACCGCACCCGCUGGAGCGGCAUCCGUCGCAGCGAUCUCAUCAAGGCCACGCCGUACUCCGAGGCCCGGAAGGAGAUACUGAGGCUGCUUAAUGGGAAGGUGGUGAUUGGCCACGCCGUCCACAAUGACUUCAAGGUCCUGAGUUACACUCACCCAACGGCCUUGACCAGAGACACGUCCAGAAUCCCUCUGCUCAACCAGAAGGCCGGCUUCGCUGAGAACGAGUGCGCCUCGCUGAAGAGACUCACCAAAGCCAUUUUCAACCGUGACAUCCAGACCGGAAAGAGGGGUCACUCUUCUGUGGAGGAUGCCAAGGCCACGAUGGAGCUUUACAAGGUGGUGGAGGAGGAGUGGGAGAGGUGGCUCGCCUCCAAACAGCAGGCCAGAUAGUGCCAUGUCCUCAGAGACAACGUGAAAAUAAAGUGAUCUUAAAUGAACGAUUGGUGUGGCAGGUAUGUGGUUUGAACUGACGGACUCGCUGUAAGGUCACAGGAUCAACCCGGAGAACUGAACCUGAACCUCCAGAGAACUGGAUUCGCUUCUACCAGCUGCCUGAACGCUACAACUCUAAGAUUAUGAUGGGAGCAGAACAACAUGAAUAACUGCUGGGUCACACACUUUGCUGUCACCUUCACUUUCAACAGGUCCUUUCUUCCUCAGGGUUUGCCUUGUGUUUAAACGGUGCUCCUGCCACUGGGGGGCAGUCAUGUAUUCACUCUGGGAACAAAAGUACAUCAUUAAAACAAAAAAAGCUUCCACAAGGUAAUUGCUUCUGAUCAGAUCCGUGAGUUCAGCUGUUCCAGGACAACAUUCAACCCAGAGUCGUAAACUGAAAGUUCGUAGACGUGGUGACGGACGUGACCUCAGUGGUGACUACAGCCCUGAUCGUCUCCAUGUGGCGAGGAUUGUAAAGCGCUUUGAGUGGUCAGUAAGACUAGAGAAGUGCUGUACAAGUGCAAUUCCAUUUACCAUUAACCAUCGUCCUCCUGUCACAGACUGUUUGUCACAGUGGCUGAUGGAACCAGUGUCGUCUUGUUUGUCUGACCUCUGUUCAGUCGGCGGCGGUGAAUCAGCUCUUCUGUUUUAUGCGAGUGUUUACGUUGAGAGACCAGUUUCCUAUGCAAAGUCCGAUCAGGUCAGUUUCCUACUGUACAUUCAGCACGGUGCUCUGGUGCUUGGUGUUUCAUAUCAAUAAAUCAUUACCACAUCGA